AUGAAGCUAGUGGAAGUCGUUGAAGCCGAUGACGGCGAUCAAGAGGCACAGCAGCUCUUCGUGGCACUGGAAUUUCCUGCCCAUUUUGGUACAAAGGUAAUCAAUCACCUCUCAAUUCAGUUCCAGUCGCUGGUGGAGCUUGGAUUCACGCAUCUUAAGCGGCUUAAAAAGCACCCAGAAUUGGCAAAAACACUCAUAGCGCUUGUGUGUCCUAUAAGUUCAAAUGAUAAUGCGGUUGGAACAUCCACCAAAGAGUUGCGAGAACUGGAGAUGAUUUUUGAAGCCAAACUUACAACAGCAGAAGCUUUGAAGCGGCCACCGCGUACCCGUGAGCUAUAUGAAAAGUACACACAGCUCUGGCCGCUUAUCUUCCACGCCAGCGUCGAGGAGUCUGUGACAACGGCCCCGAUAGGGGAAGAGGAGACAAACCAGAUGGAAAAACUUUUAAGAGUUGCUGUCAAGAUAGGAACUACUUUGGAAGAGGAUAGGCAGGAAGUAUUGAAAUGUGCGUGGGGCUGUGUGGUGGUGAAUCCCGCGGCUAACGAGCUCAUCACCUCUUCAAAAACUGUCGGAAUCGUCGAAAUGCUGUAUCACCCUGUUAUGGUGGCGAUCAAUCGAGUUGCAGAACGUGAUCGUCGACGAGACUCCGAGGCUAGAAAGGACACGGAACACAAGAAGCUGAAACGUCGUGAAAAGGAAGACUUAAUUUUAACGACAACGGAAAACACGACCAUUACAAAACAGAGCGAUUCAUACUUGUGCACUGGAUAUGACGUGUAUGUUGACCAUGAGCCAUGUGCCAUGUGCGCUAUGGCAUUGGUGCACAGUCGAGUACGACGUGUGGUGUUUGAUCGCGCGAACCCAAGCGACGGCGUCCUUAUGAGCUCGAUUAAGCUGCACACAAUCAAAUCAUUAAAUCACCACUACCGCGUUUUCCACAUGCCUCUCUCAAUAGAGGUCAUUCAAGGUUGCAAGGAGUAA